UGUCGGCAGUGAAUCUGCUCUGCAUCGAAUAAGGAACAGAAUUUUUUCUACAUCCCGAUACUCGGCUGUUGCAUUAAAUAAUCUUUAUCAUCAUUAUUUUUUCUUCUUGUUGAUCCCUGUUUUGGAAGCUGACAAUUUUAAAAACGGUCAAGAAUGUUAGAGAAACCAAGGAGACAGAAAGAAAGCAGAACGAGGCGGUUUUGCCUUUGUAGUUAGAGAGGAAUGCGGAAAUGUUCCUGCUCUGUGUCAAACUUCUCUGAAGGGGGUCAAGGCGCAUUCAGCUAGCGUGGGAAAGGGAAAAGGAAUCUGAGCGAACUCUCCAUACUCUGGGACGGGGGAACAGCACUUCGUUCCUUGAGGAGCCUGCGGUAUGGACUGUGAUCUCCGGGAAAACCGAGUUUUUAAAGUACACGAUCUAGUGUGAAAAAAAAAACCGAAAAGCCCUUUUAGUUGAUUUGCUUGAAUAGGUCGUGUUGUGUUUGGUACUGCUGGAGGAUGGGGGUUCCAGCGCGUGCACCAUCCCUCUACCUGUGUGGCCCAGGGCAUAGACAGUGAGGGAUCUGUGAAGUAUUUGCAAACUUCUGCUCGCGAAGAAAGCGCUGGUUUCAUCGCAGAUUGUAAGGACGUGCACAUCGCUGCGGAUUUGGAUUCUUAAUCUAUAUCUAUCAGGUAUUACAAAUACAAGCCAUGCAUUUCUGGUGAUGUUGUAAUAAUUUUAAUGCUUCGUUUUCGUCGGGAUUUGUCACCGGCGAUAUUUUUAACCGCAAGUGAAAGAGAAAAUAAAGAAGUGUAAGAUGGACAAAGACAGCACGGCUCCACAAUACGAACCUGUUGCUGAGAUCGGCGAAGGUGCGUACGGGAAGGUGUACAAAGCACGCGACUUGAAGAACGGCCGCUUCGUAGCCCUCAAAAGAGUCCGGGUUCAGACAGAGGAAGAGGGGAUGCCUUUGUCAACCAUACGAGAGGUGGCAGUAUUGAGGCAAUUGGAAUCAUUUGAGCACCCCAACGUCGUCAGACUCUUUGAUGUAUGUACGGUGUCCAGAACUGACAGAGAGACAAAACUGACACUGGUCUUCGAACAUGUGGAUCAGGAUCUGACCACGUACUUGGAGAAGGCACCUGAACCUGGUGUACCACCAGAAACCAUCAAGGACAUGAUGUACCAGCUCCUGCAAGGCCUGGACUUUCUGCACUCCCACCGUGUGGUGCACCGUGACCUGAAGCCCCAGAACAUUCUGGUCACCAGUGGCGGCCAGAUCAAGCUGGCUGACUUUGGCCUGGCCAGGAUAUACAGCUUUCAGAUGGCCCUCACCUCAGUAGUUGUCACGUUGUGGUACCGGGCCCCAGAGGUCUUACUGCAGUCCAGCUAUGCCACACCGGUAGACCUGUGGAGCGUGGGCUGCAUAUUCGCCGAGAUGUUCAGCAGGAGACCACUUUUUCAGGGAAACUCUGAUGUAGACCAGCUGGGCAAGAUUUUUGAUGUUGUAGGAGUGCCCAGCGUGGAGGACUGGCCCAUGGACGUGGCCCUCCCUCAGAGUGCCUUCUCCCCUCGGCCCCCCAGGCCCAUCGCUGAGCUCGUCCUGGAGAUGGAUGAGCAGGCACAGGCCCUGCUGCUGCAAUUUCUCACAUUUAAUCCCUCCAAGAGGAUCUCGGCAUUCGCUGCUCUCUCCCACCCGUACUUCCAGAAUAUGGAGACUAGCAACAAGAGUUCCCAACAAAUCCCUAGCAACAAGUCAUCGCUGGAGAAGCAGGCAGCCUAGGGGACAAGUCUGCCACCACGGACUCGACUCAAGGAGAUUAGCUUUUAAUUGGGUGGUUUGAAAUAUUUUUUGCUGAAAAAGAGAGGGAACAAAGUCUUCCACAACAACGUAUGCUGCUCUUUUGAUUUCUUGAUAAUGGAAUCAAAAAUAGUUUGCCCACGAUAUGGAAUUGUUUUUUUUUUUUACUACAAUGCAAAGACAUCCUGUUCAGAAUCGGACCACCUGGGAAAAAUCUGGACUUCCAGAAGCUGCUUCUUCACAUGCUGUCUUCCAGAGGACACCCUUUCGAAGAACCCCCCCCCACCCCCCCAGACAGGGGGUCCUGGGUCUCACCACUCCAGCUGUUCUCUUCAGUUCAUGGCCGUACUUAUGUUUGCUCAUCUAUUUAGCUGAUCAUCAGCACCCCCACCAGUUCCCUCCCUCCCCAUCUGGCUUGUGCCCCCCCCCCACUUCCCGGAACAUCAACGUUCUGCAUAUCACAUCAUGGAAUGUGCUAAGUGACUGUGUCAUCUCUGCCCCCUAGUGGCGGCGAUAUAUACUGCUGAGUGCCUUUGGUUAUGUUUUGUCAUUCGUGAAUUAAAUUUUUAUAUGCUCUCAGUUUCUAAAGCAGCCUCAGCUGUUGAAGCUGAUGGAGAUGACUGUGUGUACAGUUAUAUAUAUACUUAUGUUGAAUUUUUUUUCUAGUUUGUGUCUGUGUGUGUGUUUUUAAGUUAAAUGCUCUCCCAUCUUUUACAAGUGUUAAUCAGCGUUGCAGUUAUUCCGAUAUACUGCUGCAAGGCUGCUGGAGACAAACUGAUACAAAGCAGGAUUAAAUAAUUGCGGUACAUUACCUGACGCGUGCAAAAAGAAAAAGAUGGGUCUGCUGAGUUAUGAAAAACAAGUUCUAAUAUGUCUCUGUAAUAUAUUUUUCUAGGUCUUUGAUAAAGGAUAAUGGAGUUGAUGUAAAAAUCCAGGAGUUGUUUCCAGGCCAUUGUGUUUACUGCCAUGUAAAUGUGUUCUGUGAAAACCAUUAAGUUUGUACAUAAUGGCAGCCAGUCAUUGUAGAAGACCAGUAAGUGUGGUGUGUAGUUUGUGAAAAAAGCUUCUUGAGGUGGGCCUUACGUGGUGACGAAAGGGUCAGUGUGGAUGAGGUGGCUGCAGACACAGCGUAGGUGGCGUGACCCAUGAAUUUUUCGGAGAUCGGAGGACGUAGUGUGGUAGCGGUAGGGUUAGGGUUAGGGUAGUGUAAGUGUUCAUUGUUGGAGGUAUGUCAUGUCACAGAAAGUGUUUGCAUGGAUGAAGCGGUCAUUUUUUCCCUUCUUUUAACUGGCCUUUUGUCCAUAUCCUGAAUUUUUAGACCCAGGACUGCACUAGAAAGCUUGGUUUAUCAGUCCCGAAGAACAUUUUUUUUGGGGAUGUAAGCAUGCGCGGGUACGCUGUGUAUCACAAUAGAAAAAAGAAAGACAAAUUAUAGGAUGCAACAGGUCAUUACAUAUCAAACAUAAUUUUGUAUACUAGACCUUACUGGUUUAAACUCCACAAAUAAAAAUAUAUGCAGGACACACUGUAAAUGUGAUACGAUUACACAUCAUAUGUAUACUUUCACAUCUAUUUUUAGAACAGAUCUCUUACUAAUUCCAUCACAUUAUAUGCAUGUUUAUGUCAUUGUGACACUAAUGUCUUAUUUGUUGCAUUAUUUCAUCUUUGGCCAGUAAAAAUAAGUCUGAAAUGACUAGGGGAAUAAUUUAGACCUGCAGAGUAAGUUAUAACUUUGUUACUGAAAAACUACAAUGAACAAAAUCCAAAGACUUUGAAGCUAUCUGUACAUGUUAAAUGUAAUUAAAUGUUUAACUUCUGAAAGUGAGUUUGCUGGUCUUCAGCUGAGCAGUUAGGAUUCAGACAACAGGGUUUCGUUGACUGGGGAGCCGGACCCGAUGACAUCUUCGUGUCCUUAAACUUAAUUCUGUAUGUUUAUACUCAGGAUUCAUUUAGGUAAAAGAACACAUUCUGACAGAUUGUUUCUUCACUUUCAUCACGUACACCCAUCACAGGGAUGUGUCCUCUUACCAUUCACUCUAAUGUCAUAUAAAUGCUUACCAGCAAUUUGCAGGUAAUUUAAAGGUACAGUACGCACAUAUAUCAGUUAAUACCUUUAUUUUUUUAAUUAACUAGGACAGGUUUAAUUUCCAACGUUUUUAAUUUAUAUAUAAGCUAAAAGUAAUUUUUCCAACAGUAUUCUAUCUACUUAGACAUGUAGUAACUACCCACUACACAGUCCUUCUGUCUUGGAUAAUGUAAAGAUUUGUCAUUAUAGAUGGAAAAUCUCCGUAUAAAGUGCAAGUGGUAUUCCAAACAGUCCGCAGUAAGUAAAGUGACUAAAGUGAUUAGCGUUCAUGUGUGUCUUUAUUUUUUAAUUAUGAGUUGAGGAUAUGUAAACCCUCUAUCUUAAAAACUUGGGCCAAUUUUCAUCGUCUUUUUUUUUUUUUUUUACUGCAACUCACUCAAAUGUCUGCCCCCAUAGCGGGAAAUUCAGGGAACCUAUCUGAAUGACUAUGAUUCAGCCUGUUGCUUGUUAUGUGUAAAUACAACUGUAAAAAAAUCAUUAGUUAAAUGCCUUCAGAAAAUGUGAAUAUGCUGUGGAAAAUUCAGUAUUGUGUUGAGUAUUAUGUCCCCAUUGGCUGUUUGCUACCACUUCUAUCUAUUUUUGUCAAAGAAAUUAUUGAGCAAAAUGAGUUCUUAUGCUAAAUGGGGUUCUCCAUAUCAGUUACAGAAUACUGAUGAUGGUGUAAAUAGUUAUUUUCAGCAAUGAUAGCAGCCUGUCGAGUGCAUUUCCAGUGCUACGGGGUUAUUGUCAUUGGUGCUAUGUUGUUGUGAGUUGCACCAGAUUUUGGGAUAUACAGAUGCUCCCAUCCAGAAUCCUGUGCCUUAAUACAGGCAAAUUCGCCCUGCACACUUCAGCACCUUCCACUCGUAACAUCUCAGUACCUCCCAGGGAAAACGAGUGUGUUCUUGUUUUUGAGACAUUUUUGAAAAUUAGAUCAACCCAUUCUAUACAGGCCUACCUUUACAGGGGUAGUCUAGGUUAAAUUAAGCUGGAGGGUUUCCAUGUUGCUGAGUGUUGCUGCAGUGCAUUGUGGGUGGUAUGCUCCCCCAAGACAGUAUCUCCUACUGUGCCAUGCCAACCUCAGUGAAAAUGUUGAUUUUGCCUUGUCGUUGUAUUAGUUAUUUAUUGACCCUAUCGAUUUUCGUAUUUAAGUUUUGCUAACAUUCAUUGUCUGGCAUCAUGUGCAAAUGACGAUAAGCCAUUGCACCUCCUUCGAACCUGAAGCGCCAGCAUGCCAGAGCUCGCCAUGGAAAUUGUUGCAUGGUGCAUUUCGCCUGAUUUCAAAAACAAUGUUUUAUGAGCUAAAAUACAUCUUUAGCACUCUGUUGCCCUACAAAAUAAGAAAUAUUCCUGUUUUAUUUAUUUUAAUAUAUAUUUGUUAAAUGUCCUUACCAAGCUAAAAAGCUCUGAUACCUCUGGUGGACUAUACUUGUAAUGUUCCUCUCUUCUGAUGGUUCUUAAUGAGACUGUAAUGAAACUGUUGAGGGGUCUUUUGUAAGGGGGACUACAGUAGAUAGCGAAUGUUUAGCGUUAUUGUAACCCUCUCUGGACAGUUUCCACUCUAACUUAAACAAGCCCACAAGGUGGCGUUCAAAUGUGGCUUUAAUAUUUCUAUUUUUUGGUUUGGUACACUCACAUGUUCCAGCUUACAUUCCUGAAUAACAGGCCUACCUGAGAAAUGGGGUCAGUAAAUGAGACUUUUUAGGAGUAUUUCUGUGCAGCCAUUUCGGCCCCCAUGCUCAGCUCCUCUUCACCUUGUUAUUCUCGUUGAUGUCGUUCCUACAAUCAUCAAACCCACCUUCAAUAUUUCAGGUGUCUUUAUCUGCAUUAAGUGUGGUUACUGAUAAAAAAAAAAGGAGACUAUUACCAGAAGUAUAACAAAUGCAUAUAAACUAUUAUGCUGUUGUGCAUGAAAUAUUCAGUUUGUUAGAGUGACAUUUUUGUGAAAUAUGCGCAUGCUCAUAACGAAUAAACAGUUCAUGGUGGUGAAAUCGGUGCGAUGAGCAUACAUUUUCAUUAUAUAUUAAGUAUAGCGAUCCUGCUCAUUUUCUGCGCUUCAAGUUCAGUCGGCAGUGCUGGAGAAUACAAAUAUUGUUAUUACUGUUAUUUAAAAAUGUAAGAACAAUAUUAAUCUUUAUAUUGGUUGACAUUGUAUUGAAUACAUUUCUAUGGAUUAAGGAUUCUAAAAGAUGAACAGUUGAACAAUUCAGAAAAGGUGUUUAACAAAUUUGGGGCUAUUGUUUUUGAUCUUUUUUCAUUUUUUUUUUUUUUUUUGCUAGUAAAAUACCAUUAAAAUAGAAAUGUUGGUGUAGGGUAUUUAAUGAACUUGAGAAAUUUUUACUGUAUUUAGCUAAAAUGUUACGUUUGCAAUGGGCUCACACGUGACAGACAAUAUAGUGGUUUGUGCCAAGUCAGAAACCAUUCAGGACAGAGAAAUGCUUUGAUUUUAUUGCAUUACCUAGAGUAACUAUGUACUGUAUUCUCGUGUAUGUGGAUCUAGUUAGAUCAGUAAAUUUAAGAAUCAGUAUUGUAAUGUAAACCAACCGGAGGCAAAUUUAAUGCAGUAGAUUACAUGCCAAUUUUAUGCCGAAACCUGUAAUAAGCUUUUUAUUUUUAUUUACAUGCAAUUCAGCCUUAUUUAUAAAAUUCACCCUGAAACGUUAGAGUUCAAUUGCUUUUUGGUGGUGUAUUAUUUUCUGAUUUGAACUGAUUGCUAAGAUCAUUCUUAAUUGGAAAGUAUGUUAAAUUGUACAGUAUGAUAACCAGUAUUGGUAAAAAAAAAAAAAAAAUAUGAACAUUUUCUUUAAGAGGUGGGGGCGUGUACUUUUAUUUUUGUAGGAUUUUAUAAACAGGUUUUGCUGCUAUUUGCUCUGGCCCAACCCAUGUAUAGAUCCAGCCAAUCUAAAUAAAAGGUGGUAAUUUUCUGCCAAUGACUAAAGCUGCUUGAAUGUAAGCUUGUUGUUUCAAACUGCUUUGACUGCUUGACAGUUUUAUUUUUCUAAAAUAAAUAUUUCUGUGUGUAAACUCAA